UACGUUUGUGAUCGAAUACCCUUUAGAACCGAAAAGAUAAGAAGGGUAAUCGUCAAAAGUCACCAGGCUGGAUUCCACGUUCCCAACUACCUGACACACAACUUUAAUCUGACAAUGCAUCUUAACCGAAGUAGAUGCAUAAACGAGCCGGUUAGGAGAUUCGCCAACCAACUUCACUGGAGUUACAUUGACGCCUAUCAGCUCACUUGGUCGCGGUUUUUGCAUUUCUUUGCGGACGCCCAGUGUUCCUGUCACUUUCACAAACCUAACCGACGUGAUGGCGGCAAGCAAUACACGAUUGAAGGCGACACAAUGCAGGCUCUUCUCCAAAGUUUGUUAACAAUGGAACCCAGUUCUGAUGUGACUGCACCCACUGAAGCAGCCAGACCACCACCAACUAAUAAAAGAUUCCAGCAGACCCAGGCUCAAGUUAAUGAAGUUGUUGAUAUUAUGCGUGUAAACAUGGAGAAGGUACUCGAAAGGGAUGCAAAACUCGCGCAACUAGACGAUCGAGCAGAUGCCCUCCAGGCAGGAGCGUCUCAAUUUGAGGCAAGCGCUGGAAAGCUCAAAAACAAAUAUUGGUGGAAAAAUAUGAAGAUGACACUUGCUUUGGGCAUUGUCGGUCUUAUUCUUGUCAUCGCUCUUGGCUGGCUACAAUGGCGUAUUCAGGCCACUGAAAUUAGAAGUCAUGUCGGCAUCAUUACGACCGAGGCCGCAGAACAACCGUCAACGCCGAUGCCCGCGUCUAUUAACGAAAUAGAGGUUCAACCAAGUGGAGGUACGGAUCAGUCCGCCGCAGAACAUCGAUCGUCACCGCCUAAUCAAAUACCUGCUCCUUAG